AAAAAUCAAAUAUGGCGUCACAUUAAAAAUGUCUUCUUCUGUCUUCUUGUAGAAUUUUGUUAUAUUUGAUUCUCUGUAGAUUUAUUAUAAAUACCAUUUACUUUAAUUUAUUAUUAAAAAAACGACGGUGUGUUUGUGUGUGCAUUUUAUUUACAACAAAAAUCAAUAUCAAUAUAAAUAAUAUUCGAAGAAAAACAACACAAAAAGAAAAAAAAAAUAACCAAAAAAAAUGAUAAAGUUCAUAAGUUAAAUACAAAAAUCGCGAAUGCAAUUGCAAGAAUGGCAUUGGUGACAGUGCAAAGAUCGCCAAGUAGUGUUACUGGUUCUCCACAAUGUUCCAAUUCGGACGGCGAGGCUGACGAAGAUGAUGUUGAUGGUGGCAAAUAUGAAAGAAGUGAGUGCUUCUUUGCUGGUAAAGGCACAGCAUUGGUGUUGGCCCUCAAAGAUAUUCCUCAAUAUGCCGAACGUCGGCUGAGUACCGAUUCAACAAGAUCCACCAAUAGUACCCAAAGCAAUAAUUCAGAUAUUCAACAGCAUUUGCAGUCCAUGUUCAACUUGCUAAGACAUGAAGAGACUCUUAAAAUGGCUGUUAAACUUGAAUCCCAGCGACCCAAUCGUACGCGAUAUCUGGUAAUUGCAUCACGUUGUUGUUUGCGCAACGGUUCAGAGAAAAGAUCUCGAACAACAUCUCGAUGUCAAUCGAAAUGUGGCAAACAACAGAUAAACGAUGCUAAAACUCAUGAACACCACCUUAACUCACAACAUCAGAAUCAGGGUAGCAAUGAAAAUAAACAACACCAACAGCAGCAGCAGCAGCAACAGGAGAUGAAUCCUCCGUCAGAUGCAGAUAUUCUCUCGGAUAAACGGCGAGCUGCAAUGAGCAAUCAAUUGCUCUCCACAAAUCGCUGUUCAAAAUCCGAUUCGGAUAAAUAUGAAUCUUGUGCGGAAAACAUUGAAGAAUCUUGUUUACUAGGCAUAGACUGCAAUGAGAACACCACAAUUGGUCUGGUUGUUCCAAUACUCGCCGAUACAACCAUUCAUUUAGAUGGUGACGGGGGAUUUAGUGUAAGUGUUUUUGGUAAAACACAUAUUUUUAAACCAGUUUCUGUUCAAGCAAUGUGGUCGGCUUUACAAACGCUUCAUAAAGUAUCUCAAAAGGCUCGUGAAAAUAAUUUUUAUCCGGGUGGACCAUCGCAUGAUUGGUUAUCAAAUUAUGAGCGUCGUGUUGAGUCCGAGCAAUCUUGUUUAAAUGAGUGGAAUGCCAUGGAUUCUAUAGAAAGUAGACGUCCUCCUUCGCCUGAUGCCAUAAGAAAUAAACCAAGAGAAAAGGAUGAAACACAACGUGUUAUAAAGAUGAAACUCAAAGAAAUCAUGAUGUCUGUCGAUUUAGACGAGGUCACAUCCAAGUAUAUCCGUGGACGUUUGGAAGAUCAACUUGACAUGGAUUUGGGCGAAUACAAAUCAUUUAUUGACGAAGAGAUGCUGAUUAUCCUUGGCCAGAUGGAUGCUCCUACAGAAAUUUUUGAACACGUAUAUCUUGGCUCCGAAUGGAAUGCAAGUAAUUUGGAAGAAUUACAAAGAAAUGGUGUUCGACACAUUUUAAAUGUUACCCGUGAAAUAGAUAAUUUCUUUCCUGGCAUGUUUGAUUAUUUCAAUGUCCGCGUCUACGACGAUGAGAAAACCAAUCUAUUAAAACAUUGGGACAAUACUUUCAAAUAUAUAACGCGCGCCAAAGCGGAAGGCUCAAAAGUUCUCGUCCAUUGUAAAAUGGGUGUAAGUCGCUCAGCAUCCGUUGUAAUCGCCUAUGCCAUGAAAGCAUACAAUUGGGAGUUCCAUCACGCCUUGCAGCAUGUCAAGGAACGCCGCAGUUGCAUUAAACCAAAUAAAAACUUUCUCUCACAGCUAGAAACCUAUCGAGGGAUGUUGGAUGCUAUGAAAAAUAAAGAAAAAUUACAACGUAGCAAGAGUGAGACAAAUUUAAAAAGCACAAAAGAUGCCAGACUAUUACCGGGUAGCGAACCAACACCGCUCAUUCAAGCCUUGAAUCAAUCUAAAAAAUCGGCCAAUGAAAAGCAACGCAAAUUACUUCGCCGCUCAAGUAGCACAUCACCAAAAAGCAUUCAAAGCGCCAUUGUUGUUAAACAACAAAGUCAAUCGCUUGAAAAUCUCACUCCCGAACGGAGUGUGGCCGAUGAGCCUAAGAAUGUUCGAUUUCCUGGCAGCAAUGGAGAGAAUUACAGUGUCACACAGAAUCAAGUUUUGCAUAUACAAAAGAAUACUCCCACAACAUCGGUUAAGACAAUUAUCGAUGGACUAGAAUCGAAUGACAAGAAAACAGCUGACGACAGAAAAAAUCUCAACUUACAAAUUGGUCGUUCUAUCUCAGUUGAAGGAGGAGGAGGAAGUGUAGCAAGUCGGGUAGUUGGUAAUAGUGCAGACAAUACCACCACUGACGAUAUGCAAAUAAGUUCGAAAAAUCUUGGAAGCCCAGUUUGGACAUCGUCGGCAAAACUUAUCACUCAAACGUCGAAUAUUCAAUCAUCAUCAACUCUGAACGAUGCCGGCGCAUCAUCGACCAGAGUAAUCCACCGAAACUCUGGACGUCAUCUACAUCGUCGAGAGACUGGAGACCUAUUCUCAUCGCAUGUUGACAAUGUAUUUGAGAAGGAAGAACCACGCCAGACACGCAAAACCCAUUCAUGGGCUCCCAACAGUGUCAUAAUAGAUCCUUGCAUAUCGUCGUCAAGACAAAGUUCGAAUAGCAGUGUCGAUUCCGCUGUUGUUUUAGGCUAUCCCGGCGAACGACGUGAACUUCCCUCACGUCAUUCAUCCUGGGGUUCGGGCGACAAUCGUGUAUUGCCAUCGAGAAACAGUUCGUGGGGCUCAUAUGACACCAAUCGAAAUACAUUUCAUCACUCUGCCAUUUUUGAGGGUCAAAUUCAAAAUCAACCUAACAAGACUGCCAAAAAGGACGACAUUGCAUGCAACACAGGGACGGUCAAGAGGACAAAACAAAAACUCGAGGAGUGUACAGUAUUAAAGAAACGAUGUCAGGACAAUACAAAACAGCAGCAACAGAACGCCGCCACUCCGACGACAAAUAGUACGACACAGACGCCGCCGAUGACAAUGACGACAACCAUUACCACGACCAGCGGAAGCAUUAUGCUUAAUCCACCAACAUCAUCAACAUCAGCUAAUAGAUCUUUAAGUAGUAGUAGUUGUAGUAGCAAUAGUAAGAGAAACUCGAAUUUAUUCCGUAGUCAAUCUGCCACCUCGCGACAGCGUUAUCAUCCAAAUCGUUGUAAUAGUGAAGAAAUAAUCCUAUCCGAUGAUGGUGGUGGUGGUUGUGUUGGUGUUGGUGGGGGUACUGACGGGCGCCAAGAAUUGUCUGCUUCUGCACCAGAUUCAUACACAAUGAGUAGUGACAUGGAAAGUGUUGUUUCGGAUGUCUCCAAUCGAAGUCCGACUGACGCGAAAGAUGACUCAUCCACCACCGCCGAUGAAAAGAUUUCCGGAAAUGUACAAACUUUGAAAAAAAGCUUUGAAGCAAAAGCGACUGGUACAGGACCAAUUAAGGGUCAAUCAUUACCAUCAUCGCCAGUUGCACAGCACUCUUGUGACCAUGCUACAAGUGAUCAGGACGCUAUUACCACCUCCACCACCGCUGCCGCCUCCGCCUCUGACAACCCACUUACUAGUUCUUUAGUUGUUGAAACGUUGGCGGCAAUAACAACUACAUCGUCGUCACCAAGCAGCUCAAGUCACACCACCAGCAGCACUAACGUCAUAACUAGAGAAUCCAAAGAUCGAAAUGUAAAAGGCUUAGUGAAUAAAUAUCAAUCAAGCAGAUCUCAUUCGAAUCCACACCACCAUCACCACCACCAGCAUCAGCACACACCAUCAUCAAUAACGCCAUCACCAGCAAUAUCAACAGCUCAUCAUGGUUCUGGUGGCGGUGGAGGGGGAAGCGGUGGCGGUAGUACUCUACCGUACAAAGCUCGUCCUCGUUCCUAUUACGAAAAUCGAAGUUAUUGCUCAUCAGCAACAGCAACGAUGACCGCCACCGCCACCACCAACCCGCAUCAUCAUUCUAGUUCGAUUGGUGGUGGUAGUGGUGGUGGUGGUGGAAAAGUGCACCAUGAUUACACCAACGCGCGGCCACCAGUGCCUCCAUUGACUAGAAACCAUACAACCCACACAGACACCACCACACCCACACACCACACAACCAUGACAGAAAGCAUUUUAACUCAAAACUUGAGCUGCAAUUAUCGACGAGUGCAACAACACGGCAAAACUCAUCCUCUCGCUAGACUAAGUUUACCAAAGCAACGUUUUAACGCAGCCGCUUACAAUACAAUGUGAAGCCAGAAAUAUAAUUAAUAUUUUUGUUCUAUAUUUUUUUUAUAUAUAUCUUCGCUUAUUACAAAAAUAAAUAUGAGAGAAGCUAUUAAAAAAAUGUUCAACUCCAAAAAAAGGCAAAAAACAUGAUGCUUUUUAGUUUGACAAAAAAUAAAAAUUUAAAUAUUUGUAUGACUUUCCUCUCUCUAUUAUCUCUCGCUAUUGCAGCUGCUGCCUUUUUGCAUUGCUAUCCCAUUUAUAUUUUACUCUUCACUCGCGUCGCGCAUCCUAUUUCCCACUUGCCCACCCAACUCCUAUUUUUUUUUUCUAUAAUAUAUUAUAAUAUACAUACAUAAAAAAAUAUCCCAUUAUACCCUAUGUAAAUGUAUAGCAUUGAUUUGUUUACUCUUAAUAUUAUUAUAAAAACAAAAAAUAAAACAAAACAAUUAAUUAAUUAUUAUUAUUAUAUUUUAAAUUGAACCUCUAGCGCUUACCUAAUUGUAAGAAAAUUAUAAAAAAAAAACAAACAAA